CUCACACACACACAGAGACACACACAGGAGGCGGUUCUCUCCCUCUCCAUCAGAAACAACUGACAGCCAGCCAGGAGAACUGCAUCCUCUGGUUUGGUAGUUAUAGCCGCAGCGUAUACAGCUACUAGCCUCCUCUACUGCCUGCUUACAUCUGUCAGCUGGCCGCCCGAUACGUGGAUCCUUUUGUGUCCGACUCCCAUUGUGCCAUCUAUUGUGGGGGCUAAAGGAAACUGCCACCAGUUGACAUGACGAAAGAACACAGGGGCUGGGACCUCAAAGGCUUGCUGAAGAGGAACUGGCUGCUGAUUGCGACCAUUGUGUCGGUGCUGUUAGGUAAGUGAAAGUGAAGCCCCCCUAACCCUAUUGUCUGCGCUCUGCUUAGCGUGAAGAAGCCCUGCUUGAUGCCUGUCUGUCUCCCCCCUCUCUCUCUCCUUGCUCUGUAGGUGGAGGUGCAAUCCCUCCCCCCCCCCCCUCUCUCUCUCUCUCUCUCUCUCUCUCUCUCUCUCUCUCCUCUCUCUCUCUCUCUCUCGCUCUCUCUCUCUCUCUCUCUCUCUCUCUCUCUCUCUCUCUCUCUCUCUCUCUCUCUCUCUCUCUCUCUCUCUCUCUCUCUCUCUCUCUCUCUCUCUCAAUUCAAUUCAAUUUAAGGGCUUUAUUGGCAUGGGAAACGUGUGUUAACAUUGCCAAAGCAAGGGAAGUAGAUAGUAAACAAAAGUGAAAUAAACAAUAAAUAUUAACAGUAAACAUUACACUCAGAAGUUUCAAAAGAAUAAAGACAUUUCAAAUGUCAUAUUAUGUAUAUAUACAGUGUUGUAACAAUGUGCAAAUAGUUAAAGUACAAAUGGGAAAAUAAAUAAACAUAAAUAUGGGUUGUAUUUACAAUGGUGUUUGUUCUUCGCUGGUUGCCCUUUUCUUGUGGCAACAGGUCACAAAUCUUGCAGCUGUGAUGGCACACUGUGGUUUUUCACCCAGUAGAUAAGGGAGUUUAUCAAAAUUGGGUUUGUUUUCGAAUUCUUUGUGGAUCGCUGUAAUCUGAGGGAAAUAUGUGUCUCUAAUAUGGUCAUACAUUUGGCAGGAGGUUAGGAAGUGCAGCUCAGUUUCCACCUCAUUUUGUGGGCAGUGUGCACAUAGCCUGUCUUCUCUUGAGAGCCAGGUCUGCCUACGGCGGCCUUUCUCAAUAGCAAGGCUAUGGUCACUGAGUCUGUACAUAGUCAAAGCUUUCCUUAAGUUUGGGUCAGUCACAGUGGUCAGGUAUUCUGCCACUGUGUACUCUCUGUUUAGGGCCAAAUAGCAUUCUAGUUUGCUCUGUUUUUUUGUUUGUUCUUUCCAAUGUGUCAAGUAAUUCUCUUUUUGUUUUCUCAUGAUUUGGUUGGGUCUAAUUGUGUUGUUGUUGUGUUGUUGUUGUUGUUGUUGUUGUCCUGGGGCUGUGUGGGGUCUGUUUGUGUUUGUGAACAGAGGCCCAGGACAAGCUUACUUAGGGGACUCUUCUCUUCUCUCUCUCUCUCUCUCUCUCUCUCUCUCUCUCUCUCUCUCUCUCUCUCUCUCUCUCUCUCUCUCUCUCUCUCUCUCUCUCUCUCUCUCUCUCUCUCUCUCUCUCUCUCUCUCUCUCUCUCUCUUCCUUUUCGUCUGUCUGUUAUUCUCCUAUUUUGACACAGUUUUCAUUGCUUUCUCUCCUGAUGUUUUCCACUGCUGCAGUCCAGGCCUGGAGUCAUCCAUAAGCCUGUCUUGGUCCUAUAAGGAUGUGUAGGGCUGGGGGCUGGUUGAUGAGAAUAGUAUAAUGUGCAUGCAUGGGUGUGUUUGUUGUGUGUGCAUAAUGUCGGCUUGUGCAUGCACCUGUGUGUGCACGUGUGUGCGCAUGCACCUGUGUGUGCACGUGUGUGCGCAUGCAGCUGUGAGGAUGUUCGAAGAUGGAUGCAAACAGUGUGUGUGUGACUGUUCAUUAUAUGUAUGUGCACAGCGGUCUCUGCCACUGCUACGCUGAUGCCCACUCUCCUACACGAGACAGGGUUCCCUGCACUGUGCUAUGCUGUGCUGCCUCCCAGAGCUUGUCUCAUUGCCCCAGUCAAAUGUAACUAGACUGAACUGAGUUUAGGAAACCCUGCCGUAUAGCACUAACCAUUCUGCAUGUGAGGUCCUGUCAAUGUGAUUCACUAAUAGUGUGGCUCAGAUAUGGCCUAUCCCACCAAAGCAUAUCUUGUGGCUUUUGAUAUUUAUUUAAGGGAUAAUCAACUAGUGGCUGUGGAGUCCUGUGGAAUAAGCUACGACACAGCCUAGUCGUGGUAUAAACUACAAUGUACUCCGUUAUUGACAUAGCAAAGGGUAAUGAUGGUGGUGGACAAAUCAUCCAACAAUUCAGUGUUAAUUAUGGACCUUAUUACUGUAUUACGCCAAGAAGGAUAUUAUUUAGGCUAGUUAGAUUGAUUCACACUGCCUUGUAACGUUGCCUGCGACCCGUUGUUUUGGAAAAAACAGCCCACUGAUUUUUAGGGCCCCUGUCACUGAAUUGUCCUACCCUGUAGCACUUUUUUUUGUGCUUGCUUGGCUGGAUAUUUAUGAUUUUAUGGACUAAAUGGACUUUGGCUCAGUGGCAGAAUUAUGUUUAAUGCGUUUUAGAGGAUGUCGACCCAUUAAAUGAUAAAUGCUGACUUUGAAGGGCCCUCCACAAGGAUAACGCAAUCUCUGCUUAUGCAUCUACCCACUGGGCACAGACGUCAAUUCAACGUCUAUUCCAUGUUGGCUCAAUGUAAUUUCAUUGAAAUGACAUGGAAACAAUGUUGAUUCAACCGUUGUGUGCCCAGUGGGUAGUUUCAGAAUGUAAACACAUAAACGUGUUUUGGUCCAAAUGCAUAUGGCCAAAUAGAUAAUCCAUUCCUAUUUUGAUUUACCUUUCUUGGAGAAAAAAUCUAAUUUACAACAUUGUAAUAGUUGCCAUGGAGAGGAGAGUUAAUAGAGCCAAUUGGGAGCUGAGAAUCUUUAGGUGGCCAUAGUAGUGUCCAAUUGGAAUUCUGGCCUAAGAUUGAGUGUUCUGAUUGAAUGUUGAUUGUUCAUGAAUUUCAUCCCCAAAAUUGCAGAAUAUGCCUUUAAUUAACACAAUUCUUUAAAAAGUGUAAUGGAAUCUUGAGUGACCACAGACAGUCAACACCUCAUUUGGUUUACAUGCUGAGAUGGGCACUCUGUCAGUCUGUAAUUUGGUUGGUUUGCCAUGUAAUGCCUUAAACAGACACAUAGUUCCGCCAUCAGAUGUCACACUGUAAUAGAAAACUAAGUUAUAUGGUAUUUUUUAAAAUUAUUAACAGUAAAAUAUUCUGACACUUUUUACUGAAGCAUACUGUAAAUUAUGAUGCAUUGUGGGAAAAUGUUGUGGGCGGGGAAAGAAUUGCUGUAUUUCAAAUGGUACUGUAAUUCCACUCCACAGAACAGUACCGUACCCUAUUGUUGGAGAGCCAAAAACCUUUUGACCACUAGUGGGGUGCAUGGUAUUUUUGUUUCUGGCUCAUUAGCAUAUUUUUGUGGUUUGCUAUAUUUGUUACACCCAUGAGUUAGAAUGCUGUACCAAUUCUAAUUCCUAUGUGGUUAUAGUGCCUCAUCAAUUUAAAAUGUAUAAGGGACAGAUUGUAGUGGCAAGUCUUAAACCUUUAAUGGUUGAGCAUUUUGUCAUUUCCUUCUGGUCUGUUUUGUCCUGUAGUUGCUGUCUGUUUGUAAGGCCUCUAGAAGAGCAUAUAUUUAUUCAUAUGUUUGUAAACACCUUACCUAGCAGCCCAACCUGGUCUCAGAGCUUUUCAUAUUAUUCUGUAUGUAAAUUCGAGACACUCAAUUUAGUAUGAUAUGUUACGUUUGGUAUGGUUACAUAAGACAGAUGGUUACCAAAAAGGCAAAAAUGAAAGGAGAGUGGUUGGUCGGGGUGGAUGGAUGGGCGUAUAACGCGAACGUCUAGCAUGAUACAAUUAUAAAGUUGUCGGUGAUGAGAUACGAACUCUCAACCUUCGGGUUGCUAGACUUUCACUUUACACGUUCGCGCUAUUUUCAAAUCUCAUCACGGACAACUUUAUCAUUUUUGCUAAUUAGCAACUUUUCAACUACUUACUACUUUUUAGCUACUUUGCAACUACACUGAACUAAAAUAUGAACCCCACAUGUAAAGUAUUGGUCCCAUGUUUCAUGAGCUGAAAUAAAAGAUUCCAGAAAUGUUCCAUAUGCACAAAAAGCUUAUAUCUCUCAAAUGUUGAGCACAAAUGUGUUUACAUCCCUGUUAGUGAGCAUUUCUCUUUUACCAAGAUAAUCCAUCCACCUGACAGGUGUGGCAUAUCAAGAAGCUGAUUAAACAGCAUGAUCAUUACACAGGUGCACCUUUUGCUGGGGGCAAUAAAAAGGCCACUCAAAAAUGUGCAGUUUUGUCACACAAUACAAUGCUACAGAUGUCUCAAGUUUUGAGGAAGCGUACAAUUGGCAUGCUGACUGCAGGAAUGUCCACCAGAGCUAUUGCCAGAGAAUGUAAUGUUAAUUUCUCUACCAAAAGUCGCCUCUAACAUUGUUUUAGAGAAUUUGGCAGUACGUCCAACCGCAGACCACGCCAGCCCAGGACCUCCAUAUCCAGCUUCUUCACGUGCGGGAUUGUCUGAGACCAGCCACCCGGACAGCUAAUGAAACUGAGGAGUAUUUCUGUCUGUAAUAAAGCCCUUUUGUGGGGAAAAACUCAUUCUGAUUGGCUGGGCCUGGCACCCCAGUGGGUGGGCCAAUUCCUCCCAGGCCCACCCAUGGCUGCGCCCCUGCCCAGUUAUUAGAAAUCCAUAGAUUAGGGCCUAAUUUAUUUAUUUCUAUUGACUGAUUUCCUUAUAUGAACUGGAACUCAGUCAAAUUGUUGAAAUUGUUGCAUAAUGUGUUUAUAUUUUUGUUCAGUAUACUUAGCUAACCCUUCCCCUAACCUAAUUUGUAACAUAUCAUACGUUUUGCAAAUUUAUAACAUAUUGUACGUUUUGCAAAUUCGUAACAUAUAAUACGAAUUGUAAUACGUAACAUAUAUCAUACGAAAUGGGUGAUGAACAUCCACAAAUUAAUACAUAACAUAUCAUACUAAAUUGAGUGUCUUGGAUUUACGUACAAAAUGCUCUGAGACCAGUUUGCUGAGCAGCCAACCUGCUUGCACCAAUCCCUUAUAAUUGGGGUAAAAUACAAACCGCUCUCCUCAAUGAAUUUCAUUAAUUCAUCCAUUCCGAUUAUGGUAGAAAUGACUUUUUUACAGUACAAUACAGUCAAUUGUAUGAUAUUGCACUGUGUCAUUACACAGUACUUGCUUCGAUACAGUAUUUAUUUUACAGUAGGUGUACUGUAAUAUGAAAUACAGAAUCGUACUUGCCACCGAGCUGCCUGUAAGCUAGUGUCAAAAUCACAGUAACCGCUUUACAGUGCACAUAAAAGUUCACUACUACACUAUGUGGCCCCUACUGCUGGCCAUGCUUACUCUUUAGUAGCAAGGCAGCCCCUUUCAUGCCACUUCUGUACUUACGUUAUUACAUGGGCGGGAUUGUUGGACGUCAGCAUGUAUGUUUCAUUCAUAACCAUAAGUUAUUUAGCUUUGCCGUAAUGCCAAUAACUGUCCUGUUGUGGCUUGCUGCAAGAUUUUACUCUCCACGGGGCCUGUAUUGAUAAAUAGUCUCAGACUAGGAGUGCUGAUCUAGGAUCAGGUCCCCCCCUGACUCAUCUUUUAAUUAAACCAUGAAAACAGCAUGGAGAGGGUUUACCAUUUUGAAGGAAUCACAUUAUUUUACAUAAAUUACCAGAUAUUUACAUAGAAAUUGUAUGGUAAAAUGGUAAUUACAUAAUAAUAACAUAUGAAUCACUUGUUCGUUUCAUAAAAAUUAAUCUGGGCUGGUGCAUUGUCUAUUUGGAUUUAUUUGGUUCUCAGUAUGUCAACAUGACCCAUCCAGUAGCCCUCACAACCAUGCCACCAUUACCACAAUCACCACCACUAUUAUCAACUUACCUGGUAAAAUAAGGAGUAAAAAAGACAUGGCAGGGUGGAAAAGGACCACCACCACCAGCAGCAGCACCACCAGGACCACCAGCCGCACCACCAGCAGCAGCAGCAGGACCACCAGGAACCACGAGCAGCACGCACCACCAGACCACCAGCGCAACAGCAGUAGACCACCAGGACCACCAGCCGCACCACCACAGCAGGAGCACCACCAGGACCACCAGCCCACCACCACCAGCAGGAGCACAACACAGGACCACCAUCACACACAACACAACAAGCAAUCACACCAGUACCACCAGCCGCACACAACCACCAUCAGAGCACACCACCACCAGCGCACCACCACCACAGCACCAACCACACCACACACCACCAGCAGCACACACCAGGACCACCAGCCGCACCACCACCCAUGAGCACCACCAGGCCACCCAGCCUCACCACCACCACAGAGCACCACCAGACCACCACGCACACCACCACAGUGAGCACAUCACCACCAUCCCACCACCACCAUCAUCACCAUCAUUAUUCACCCCAUUACCACCCCAUCUCACCACACCACCACCAUACACACCACCACCACCAUCACCAUCAUUAUCACCACCAUUACUACCACCACCAUCAUAAUCACCACCAUUACUAUCACCACCAUUGCCACCACCACCAAACCACUGGUGUGGAACAACUUCUAUACAGUACAAUAUACCAUGAGGGUUUAUUUUUAAUUGAUAACACACAGAGUGGGGAGGAUACACUGUAUGUGACGUUUAUGGAUGUUUAUGGACGACCCCCCCCCCCCCCCCCCCUCCCCAGCGAUGCACAAUGAGCUUUAUAAAAGGCAAGACACAAUGACACUUAUAAAAGCUGUUUAGCAGCUUACGGCUAAAGUGUUUUCCUCAAUGUCACAACCUUAAACCCCUGUCAUGAAACCCUGUGCAAGGCAAAAGUUAUGUAACACCUUGCCCAUAAACUACAAAGGAGAAGUCACAUAGUCAUAAUACUGUGGUAGCCUACUUGACAGCUCUUAAAUAAUAGUUACGUUUACAUUUUAAUUUGACAUGGCAUGCAGGUCGAACACCAAUGUUGUUCCUUUUGUCAUUAUUAUAUAUAUCUCUCCCUCUCCCAUUACAUUUCCACAGUAAAAAUGCUUCAUAUUCAGUGAAUGGGUAGUGUGGGAACUGGGAACUAAACUUGUGAUGUGUUGAACAAACCUUGUAUUGAACUAACCUGCGUAAACCAACCUUAUUCAUCUCUUUCUCUGUCACUCUCUCUCUCUUUCUCAGGGAUAGGCCUUGGGGUGGUGGUCAGGGAAUAUGCCUCUCUCUCCCACCUCGAAAAGCAGUAUUUUGGAUUCCCGGGAGAUAUCCUGAUGCGGAUGCUCAAGCUGGUCAUCCUACCCCUCAUCAUCUCUAGCAUGAUAACCGGUAACUUGGGAUGAAUUGUAUCUCAACAGCUCUAUUUCUAUUUUGUUUAAUGAAGGGGGCCAUCAGAGAAGAAUGGGCACAGAUAAGAUAUCUUAUUCAAAGACAACUAAAAUAGUCCUAGUCAUUGAGAGGACUUGUUGACAGACAUGCUUCCUUUGGGUGAACAGGUCAAUUGUUUCUCGGUCUUGUUUGUGUUCACAGGAGUGGCCGCCCUGGAUUCGGAUGUUUCCGGAAAGAUAGGUUUGAGGGCUGUGGUUUAUUACUUGUCCACCACCAUCAUUGCAGUCAUUCUGGGUGAGUUAAAAGCACCUGGUCUCACUCCCUUUCCGCUGUUCCCCCAUUUGUUAUGAAGUGUGACAUUUGAAUAUUGAAUGAUGGUUAACAUGUUUUUCAGGUAUUGCAUUGGUGAUAACCAUCAAACCUGGCGUCUCUCAGGAGGCAGAACACAUCGACAGGACAGAGAUCACAGAAAACGUCAACACAGUCGACACGCUACUGGAUCUUGUCAGGUGACAGCUACACUUCCAGUGUUUCCCCUAGGAUUAUUGUCAGCAGCGGUGGCAAAGUUAGUGUGGGGGAGGGGAGGGGAGGGGUGGCUGAACCGAACCAAUUUAGCAGCGGGGAAACACUGAAUUUUACCGUCAUAAUAGAUGAACAUGAUAUUUAGUUUGAUAGAAUUUCUAUAAAGGCCCAUUCUACAUCAGUCAGAGAUGCAGUGUAUAACAUUUCCACAUUUGUCUCACAUUGUUGACAUCUCAACAUUUGUCCCAUUCCCUCCACAGAAACAUGUUUCCUGAAAACAUAGUACAGGCUUGUUUCCAACAGGUAAGAGUCAUUGUCUUAUUUGUACAUUCAAGCUUACGGUCACUAGCCUGGUCCCAGAUCUGUUUGUGCUGUCUUGUCAACUCUUAUGAGAAUUGGCAAGACAGCUCAAACAAAUCUGGGGGGAGGCUAUACAAUCACUGCUCUUUGAGGAGAAAACAUGAUCCUACAUUCAAAAAUAACCAUGUCAAAUGUUACUAUUUCAAUUCAACCAUGUCAUUCCAGUACAAGACAAUGCGCAAAGAGCUGGAACCCUCUAAAGUGAAGGUGAACACUACAACUACAAUGUUCCCUCCUCUCUCUACCACUGUCAUGGCAACCAUUUUCCCCCCAGAGGUAGGUGUUACUGUUUCCAUAUGUUUAUCCGCCUGUGUGUCAAGAGCUGUGAUUUGAUAGGACCGAAGCUGGCAAGCCCGGUCUUCUUUUUCUACUUGAUUAGAGUUCAUCAGAUGUUUAUCUAUCCAAUCACAAUCUUUUGUGGUAUGAAAAUGUGCCCCAUUUCAGUCUUUCUUCAGAUGAGCUUUGGUGUGUCUACACCUGGUCACCCACAUCGAGUGUGAUGGCUAUGACCACAGAUCAACUUGUACAGUCGUGGUCAAAAGUUUUGAGAAUGACACAAGUAUUGGUCUUCACAAAGUUUGCUGUUUCAGGGUUUUUAGAUAUUUUUGUCAGAUGUUACUAUGGUAUACUGAAGUAUAAUUACAAGCAUUCCAUAAGUGUCAACGGCUUUUAUUGACAAUUACAUUAAGUUUAUGCAAAGAGUCAAUAUUUGCAGUGUUGACCCUUCUUUUUCAAGACCUCUGCAAUCCGCCCUGGCAUGCUGUCAAUUAACUUCUGGGCCACAUCCUGACUGAUGGCAGCCCAUUCUUGCAUAAUCAAUGCUUGGAGUUUGUCAGAAUUUGUGGGUUUUUGUUUGUCCACCCGCCUCUUGAGGAUUGACCACAAGCUCUCAAUGGGAUUAAGGUCUGGGGAGUUUCCUGGCCAUGGACCCAACAUUUCGAUGUUUUGUUCCCCGAGCCACUUAGUUAUCAUUUUUGCCUUAUGGCAAGGUGCUCCAUCAUGCUGGAAAAGGCAUUGUCCGUCACCAAACUGUUCUUGGAUGGUUGGGAGAAGUUGCUCUCAGAGGAUGUGUUGGUACCAUUCUUUAUUCUUGGCUGUGUUCUUAGGCAAAAUUGUGAGUGAGCCCACUCCCUUGGCUGAGAAGCAACCCCACACAUGAAUGGUCUCAGGAUGCUUUACUGUUGGCAUGACAUAGGACUGAUGGUAGCGCUCACCUUGUCUUCUCCGGACAAGCUUUUUUCCGGAUGCCCCAAACAAUCGGAAAGGGGAUUCAUCAGAGAAAAUGACUUUACCCCAGUCCUCAACAGUCCAAUCCCUGUACCUUUUGCAGAAUAUCAGUCUGUCCCUGAUGUUUUUCCUGGAGAGAAGUUGCUUCCUCUCUGCCCUUCUUGACAACAGGCCAUCCUCCAAAAGUCUUCGCCUCACUGUGCGUGCAGAUGCACUCACACCUGCCUGCUGCCAUUCCUGAGCAAGUUCUGCACUGGUGGUGCCCCGAUCCUGCAGCUGAAUCAACUUUAGGAGACGGUCCUGGCACUUGCUGGACUUUCUUGGUCGCCCUGAAGCCUUCUUCACAACAAUUGAACCUCUCUCCUUGAAGUUAUUGAUGAUCCGAUAAAUGGUUGAUUUAGGUGCAAUCUUACUAGCAGAAAUAUCCUUGCCUGUGAAGCCCUUUUUGUGCAAAGCAAUGAUGAUGGCACGUGUUUCCUUGCAGGUAACCAUGGUUAACAGAGGAAGAACAAUGCUAUUCUAACUCAAUCAGCAUGACAGAGUGAUCUCCAGCCUUGUCCUCGUCAACACUCUCACCUGUGUUAACGAGAGAAUCACUGACAUGAUGUCAGCUGGUCCUUUUGUGGCAGGGCUGAAAUGCAGUGGAAAUGUUUUUUGGGGAUUAAGUUCAUUUUCAUGGCAAAGAGGGACUUUGCAAUGAAUUGCAAUUCAUCUGUUCACUCUUCAUAACAUUCUGUAGUAUAUGCAAAUUGACAUCAUAAAAACUGAGGCAGCAGACUUUGUGAAAAUUAAUAUGUGUCAUUCUCAAAACUUUUGACCACGACUGUAGAACAUUAUAAUGCCACUGUGUGGACAGGGGUCAAUAUGUUGUGUUCUGAGGAAAAAGCACAAGAAAAUGGCUGUCGGCCCACUGAAACACAGUACUUCACCAUUGGAUGUUUUGACCAAAAUCGAUUUCUAUUUUUAUACUUGCUUCCUUAUUUCUCCUCUCUGUAGAACAUCACCAAGGACUAUUUGAUAGUCUGGUCAUAUUCUGAUGGGAUCAACGUGCUGGGUCUCAUCGUGUUCUGUGUGGCGUUCGGCCUCGUCAUCGGCAAGAUGGGUGAAAGGGGACGCAUCCUGCUGGAGUUCUUUGAUGCUUUAAACGAGGCCACCAUGAGGCUAGUCCAGAUCAUCAUGUGGUAUGUAACUACAGGCCACCAUGAGGCUAGUCCAGAUUAUCAUGUGGUAUGUAACUACAGGCCACCAUGAGGCUAGUCCAGAUUAUCAUGUGGUAUGUAACCACAGGCCACCAUGAGGCUAGUCCAGAUUAUCAUGUGGUAUGUAACUACAGGCCACCAUGAGGCUAGUCCAGAAUAUCAUGUGGUACGUAUUGCUGAAUUCACGUGCUAGUUGGAACUUGGACAUUUUCAACUUGCUAACUGGUUGAACACGGCAAAUGUAUAACUACAACCAGCGUUUUCUAGGUCCGACUAGCACGUGAACGUGACAUAAGUACAGUCUAGUCUACAGGCUAUCUUUAUGAAUACUUUUUUUUCUUCUUCUUCUUCUUCUUCUUCUUCUUCUUCUUCUUCUUCUUCUUCUUAAAAUUCACCCUGCAUCUCACUUAGUUACACUAGAAAUGUUUAGAAUAUUGUAGUUCACAUUAGCUAUUUUCUAUGCUAUUAUAUGAAUAUACUGUAGUUUUAAUGCUAUUCCAGUGGUGGAGGUGAUGGUGGAAAUGUUGAUAGCAUUAACAUAACCAUUGUUAUUAUUACAGCUACAUGCCAGUGGGGAUACUCUUCCUCAUCGCUGCCAAGAUCAUUGAGGUAGAAGACUGGGAGAUCUUCAGGAAGUUGGGCCUGUACAUGGUGACAGUGUUGAGUGGGUGAGCCUGAACCAGCAUUCUCUCUCUCUCUCUCUCUCUCUCUCUCUCUCUCUCUCUCUCUCUCUCUCUCUCUCUCUCUCUCUCUCUCGCUCUCUCUCUCUCUCUCUCUCUCUCUCCACAACAAUGGUAGAUUUAUAGCUGGCAUUAGGGUCCAGUUUUUCUGCAAAGGUACUGUAAAAGCUAUCUCUGUCCCGGCACAGAUAAGAACCAAGGACAUUUAAAACUGCUCAACCUGCAGAUGCGGUAAUGAGGCCUUUAGCGAACGCCUGUCCAACCGUAAAUUUCCCGGACAGAAUUAUGCUUCUGGGUGACCAGGAAAAUUAUUCUUCAGAGUCUAGUGAAGGGGAACGCAGUCCUGUGAGUCCUAAAUGGCACCCCGUACCCUAUAUAGUGCACUACUUUUGACCAGAAGCCUAUGGGCUAUAAAGGGAGUAGGGUGCCAUUUGGGAUUCAGCCUUGGUUAUUCUGUUAUUAUAAACUGGAGGAGAAGAGUUUUAGUCCCCAGUUAACCCCAGGGGUUAGUCAGCUAUUUCUUACAAUGAGUCAAAAUCAAACACUUCUUUGUAAUGUUUUACUUUUCUCCUCAGCCUAGCUAUCCACUCUACCAUUUUUCUGCCGCUGAUCUACUUUGUCAUCGUGAGGAAGAACCCGUAUACCUUUGCCUUGGGGAUGGCCCAGGCACUGGUCACUGCUCUUAUGAUCUCUUCCAGGUAAGCCUCAGUCACUAUUGGGGAUCAUACAAUAUGUUGUAUAUAUCAAAGUAUAGCAGUAAUGGCUGACAUAUCUAUUUAUUAAUCCAUUAAUAUAAUACAUCUAUCUAUCCAAUCCAUCCAUCUGUCUGUUCUUCCAUCCAUCCGUCCAAUUAUCCACCUACCCAUCCAAUCAUCCAUCCAUCCUUCUUUAACCUAAAUGCUACCUCCCUCUAGCUCUGCCACCCUGCCUGUCACCUUCCGCUGUGCCGAAGAGAACCUCCGGAUCGACAAGAGGAUCACCCGCUUCGUGUUGCCCGUGGGCGCCACCAUCAACAUGGACGGUACGGCUCUCUACGAGGCGGUCGCUGCCAUCUUCAUUGCCCAGCUCAACGACUACGAUCUUGAUGUGGGUCAGAUUGUCACCAUCAGGCAAGUCACCAACACCCUGGGUUGUCAGGAGAUUGUGUAUUCUAUGUACUCAUUUUGGGCAGGUGAAAGUGUCAUAGCAUAUUUAUAAUCAGAUGGAAAGUAUUUGGUGGUCUCAGACUUCAGCUGCUCAGAAUGAGUAUGCCACUGAGUGAUGUAAGGAAAAACGUAUUUGUGUGUGACAAAACUGACUUCACACUGGAAACUCAACCAUAAUCAAGCAUCAAGUUAAUGACCUAAUAAUAUGUCAAGGUAAGGGAAUUGCAAAGAUGGUAAUUGACUGUUUCCUCUGAUUUCAGUAUAACAGCAACUGUAGCCAGCAUCGGAGCCGCCGGUGUACCUAACGCUGGCUUUGUUACCAUGGUGAUUGUUCUGACUGCCGUUGGACUACCGGCAAAUGAUGUCACUUUAAUUAUUGCUGUGGAUUGGCUGCUGUGAGUAAUACCUUGAGUGAAAUAUUGUCAAGAGAAAAUAUUGUUUUAGUGAUGAAUACAAUGGUGUGACGUUUUAAAGGUAGACUCAGCAAUAUAACAUCACCAUACGCAGUGGAGACAACAACAAAAACAUACAGUAAAUCUGCCAAGACUGUCACUACAUUCUCUUCUCAAUUUGUGCCAUCCCUUAAACAAUGCCCAGGAGGGGCAGUCUUGGCAGAUUACAUUUGGUUCUUGUUUGAUGACUGUACGCAGGAAGUUGACCCGCAGUGUAUCAUAUUGCAAAGUCUUCAGUAUCUUUAACUAACUGAUUAUCACAACGGACAAUGUUCACUCACCAUUUCAGAGACCGCUUCCGCACCAUGAUCAACGUGCUGGGGGAUGCCUAUGGAGCUGGCAUCGUCCAGAAGCUGUCCAUGCAGGAGCUGGAGAGGAUGGACGUCACCUCGGACGUGACCAACCCCUUUGCCCCGGAGACCAGGCUGGAUGACGAGGAGUGUGAGAAGAAGUCCUACGUCAACGGUGGCUUCACCAUCGACAAAACCGACGCCAUCUCCUUCACCGAGAUCUCCCAGUUUUAGGAGGA